UCUCCCUUCACAUAAUUCAUCUAAACCUGAGCAUGUGAAACACAAUUAUAAUGGGACGUUUUUUGUUCUAUUUCUCAUAUGUUGGCACUCGUUACAGAGGCUUACAGAGACAGAGUACCACUGGCAUUGAUGACACUGUUCAAGGAAGACUUGUGGAUUUUACCAGAGAUGUGUUAAGGCGUGACCUUCGUGACCCUACAGCAACAUUGUCAUCAUUGGUGUCCAGUAGAACAGAUGUAGGGGUGCAUGCAUUGAAUAACACAAUAACUGUUGAUUUUCCAGACAGAAAACUAAAUGGAGAACAACAUGAUCUUAUGUCGAUACAAAAAAUAUUAAAUAUGAAGCUUGGGAAGAAAGGAGAAGAAAUAAGAGUUCACAGUAUACAGCAGGUAGCGGAUAAUUUCCGCUGUUUUGGUAAACCGUACAGAAGACAUUAUAUCUACAGAUUAGGUAUCUUCAAAGAUUCAGCAGCCGCCAGCAGCGGUACACCACUACCAAUCAUUGACAGGGGCUUUGUACAUCUUUUACACCCACCAUUCAGCAUGGAUAAGUUUCUACAAGCAGCAGAGGUUAUGUGUGGAACAAAUAAUUUCACAUCAUUUACCAGCGUGAAGAAAAUAAAAGAAGAAUUCAAAAAUCCAGUACGAACAGUUUCAAUCAAUGUAAAAAGAGGUGCUCCUUACAUGGCAGGAUCCACAGAAGAAUGUCAAGAGAAACUGGAAUUCUGGGAUGUGCAUAUUAUCAGUAAAUCUUUUAUGUAUAAACAGAUUAGAAGAAUGGUGAAUGGUUUAGUAGCAGUAGCCUGUGACAUGUGUAGUGUGGAAGAUCUGAAACAAACUCUAAAAGAUCCAGCUCAUAAAGUAAAAAUACUGGAAAGGUCCUUCCCACCAUGGGCUUUGUUUCUAAAUAAUGUGGAAUACUAUCCUAAAGACCUGAUUUAUCCAGGACCCCUUCCACAACUUCAAAAGGAAUAUAGAACAUUGACAAAAACUCUUCAAAAAUAUAUGCAUUUACAAGGCUAUAAUAAUGAUAUUAGAGACAGAACAUUGGAUACAAUUAAUGUGCCAGAUAGCUUUAGUGUUCCUAACAACGAGGAGAGUAAGAAGAACAAUGAAAUUAAUUCUAUAGAGCAAAUUAGUGACAGUGAUUCUUUACAUUGUGUUGGAGAAGCGUUAACUGUAAAUGAAUUCAGCGAAUGUAUAUCUCAAAGUGUAUGUAGUAAUGAAUCUGUACUAACCAGUAGUAAAGAAAUUGUAGAUUCUGGUAUACAAAUAAAUUCUAAAGGAUAAUA